ACAGGUCUGAAGCAACAUGGUCCAGAUAUGCUUACAAACAACUCUUAAAACCGAUUAUCUCCGCCGGACAAUUGAGUCUACACUUUCUCCAGAAUCUACUAUGUAGAAUAUGCGCUUCACGAGUAUCGGCGGCAGUGGGCUUUGUGUCCAUAUGGGAGUUAAGCUGAACUCGAGAAGUCCGAAGUCCGUGGAGCCAACAUCGUGGAUUUGUAUAUGAGAAGACGACUUCGAAAAUGAGGAUGAAUAUAAAAUGGGCAUGCCGUCGCUAUAUUCUCAGACGACCUCCUUAGCUAUCAACCACCUCCUCAUCAGCCUGAAUUCUAAACACUACUGUCCAUCUUUUAACACUAUCUUCUUCAGCUAUUUUUGUACGCACUAGAAAUCUGUCACAAUGGCCUUCCUACCUCCUGCUGCACCUAAGAGCCUGCUUGGACGACACCGUCUCCUCGCGCCAUCCGCAUCCGUCCGUGUUAGCCCCCUAUGUCUGGGAGGGAUGAGUAUUGGAGACGCAUGGUCUUUUGGAAUGGGUCAAUGUACCAAGGAGUCCGCAUUUGAGCUCCUGGAUACCUUCUAUGAUCUCGGGGGCAACUUCAUCGACACUGCCAAUGCCUACCAAAGUGGCCAGAGUGAGCUGUGGAUCGGCGAAUGGCUACAGAAGUCUGGUCGCCGUGACGAGAUGGUUAUUGCUACCAAGUAUACCAUGAGCCCUAAAUCCGGCCAGCCAGUCCAGCAAAGCAACUACGGCGGCACGGGGUCCAAGUCACUGCACGUAUCAAUUCAGAACAGCCUAAAGGCCCUUCAGACCGAUUAUAUCGACAUUCUCUAUGUUCACUGCUGGGACUACGCCACCGAGAUUCCCGAGCUUAUGCAUUCCUUGAAUAGUCUCAUCAAUCAGGGCAAAGUCCUGUACCUGGGCAUCAGCGACUCACCCGCCUGGCUUGUCGCCAAGGCAAACACGUACGCGCGGCAAAACGGUCUCAGGCCUUUCUCGAUCUACCAGGGCCGAUACUCUGCUCAGGAGCGGGACCUAGAGCGAGAGGUCAUCCCUAUGUGUCAAGCAGAGGGCAUGGCGUUCCAGCCGUUCGGUGUUCUUGGUGGCGGGUACUUCAAAUCGCCGGGGAAGGAAGACACUGGUGCUCGCAAGGUCCCACCUCCCAUGUUGGUUGGCCGCGAGGAGCAGAUGUCCAAAGUUCUCGACGCCGUUGCUACGCGCCACAAUGUGCCCAUCACGAGCAUCGCUCUAGCAUAUGUUCUCCAUAAGACUCCUUAUGUCUUCCCGGUCCUUGGAGGCCGCAAAGUCGAGCAACUGAAGGCAAACGUCGAGGCCCUUGGCAUUGAGCUAUCACCUGAGGAUAUCAAGGAGAUCGAGAGCGGCUACGAGUUCAAUCUUGGCUUCCCUCACAACUUCAUGAGUCUGACUGGAUCUAUGAUCCGAGGACCCCAGGACAUCAAUGUUCUGGCUAUGUUGGGCCACUUCGACUACGUUGCACCUGCCAGCGCGGUGAAGCCUCAUAAGGGCGACCUUACGGCGCCCUGGCAGGCACCAGCCUAGAUUUAACCUCGAUGGUUAUGCUGGGUCAGCAGUAGUGGUUGCCAAGCACGUAGGCCUUUAUAGAAUCAGAUUCAAACCUAUGUAGAUUUAUAUAUAUGUACAUAUAUAUGUGUGAAAUACAAGCCGUGUGACUUACUGCUGCAUAUAUUGCGCCAAAAGUGGAUUCUCGACCUGUACAUUUUGUUGUCCUGGAUAGGAGAGUAUGACUUCGAUAUACAAUCAAUUCAGCCUGAUAAAUAAGAGACUCAAAUGCCAACGUAAAC